AUGCCCUCCAUCAUCCCCACCAUAGAUCUCGCCCACGACUCUCCCGCCCGCCAAGCAGAGCUCAUCAAGCUCGCCCUGGGCAACGUCGGCUUUUUCAGAGUCGUCAAUGCCGGGCCCGCCCGCCAGGAUGUCGAAAAGAUGUUUGAAUAUAGUCCUUCUUCAGCCUCCCCAUGGCCACCAAAGAGGCAUACCUCGCCGGACGUUCAGGUUCCGGCUACACCAAGCUCAUGUCCCAAGCUCUGGGCGAGGGUAAACGUGAUCACAAAGAGCAAAACAUUCUCAUACGGCAAAUACUGCGCCGACACUACACAACAAAUGCCCCCGCCUUUCCAAGACUCUACGCCUGGAGGCCAGGAAGCGCACCAGACAAUCAAACGAUUCUACAAAGAUUGCCACCAAGUCAGCGAGCUCUUGUUGGAGCUCUUUGCGCUCGCUCUCCAACUCGAGAGAACGCAUUUCAAGCAGUCCCACUCAUUUGGACUCAACACCGCAAUGUCGCUGAUUCACUAUCCCGCCUUGAAUGAAGCAGAAGCCAAGGCGCUGAGCACGAUAGAUAUCCGGGCAGGAGAACACAAGGACUGGGGAAGUAUGACACUCUUGUUCCAACAACCCCGCGGCCAACCAGGUCUCCAAGUCCACCUCCCGUCUUCCCUCAUCCGCCCUGACGACCCUCAAGCUUCUCCGGAAUCAUACGAAUGGUACCCCGCGCCCAUCCCCGAAGCACACCAAGACGAGCACGCCGGCUUCCUGGUCAAUGUCGGGCUCGGGAUGGAGCUCUGGAGCAAGGGGGCGUACAAGGCUACCAUGCACCGCGUCAUAUUCCCCGGAGAAGAGGCAGGGUCCGAAAGCGUGCAAGAUAGGCAUACGAUCGGGUUUUUCGUUCAGCCAGACGAUCAUGUGGCUUUCCAACCUAUUUUACCAGGCGGCAAGGUCGACACAUCCACCAAAGCCAUCACCUCGGGCGAGCUCUUCGACAUGAAAUUGCAGGAGAGUAUGGAAAGGUUUCAGAAACAUUUUGCAUUUUCUGGUGGUGAUGAAAAGGUCAAGAAGGAUGUCCAGGUUGAGAACGCCGUGGUUGUCUGA